AUGCCUCCGCGUUUCCAUUCCCUCCCGCCCGAGAUCCAGGUGAUGAUCCUACAGGAUGUCUCCCUAGAAACUUCAACCGCUCCAUACGCCGCCGUCUGCAGAGCCUGGCAGUAUUUUUUCGAGGAGAAAAACUUCAGGUCCCUCGCCAUCAGGCAAUUCGACCUCUCUACGUUCCGCGAAGUAGUUACUCCUCGGCGUCAACAAUUCGUCAAACACAUCUGGUAUCGGAUAGUUCUUCCAUCUCGUGUCGAUCCUGCAAAUAAGUACUUCGAACAUCCCGCGGUGCUGUGGAGAGCAGACAAGCGCUUUACCGAGUCUAUCUUUCGAUUGUGGGAUAUCAUUUCUCUAUGGAAGCCGGAAAACAGAAUCACCCUUGAGCUCAGUGCUUUCUCAUUCAACGAUUGGGACCAGAUUACUAAACAACAGCGUAUUUGGGAUCUGGACCUUGCGGCGUACAAAGUCCACAAAGGGCUACAGUCGAAGGAGCCUUACCAUUAUGACGAGCCUCAUGCACCCUACAUCGAACAGUACAGUCUAUGGGGCUUGCCGAACACGCAGUGGAGGCUGAGGGAUUACUGGGAGGCCUUAACGUAUGACCUCUUGGGCUGGGAGGACAUCGAGUUCACCACGGCUGACGAGGGCGACGGGGACAACGUGCCAUACUACGUAGAGGAAGAUGCCAUCCUCCCUCCUGUCCCUAUCGUCUCCAAGUUCCUUAUCCGCAACACGCAAUUCCGUCAAAUCCAGCCAAUGACUCUCUCCCAGAUAUUCGAAAGUUUCCAUAACAUAGAAAACAUAACCAUCGAGCGAUGGGCUUCUGUCGACUCCGAUAGGGAAUCAAACUGGACCGAUUAUGCCUCUAAAGCUUUUGCCAUAGAGCUCCCAGUCACAGUCAAGACAUUGUCCAUCAACGGAGAGAAAUGCGCGGUAUUUCAGAGGUGGACAUCAAAAGAAGUUCGAUUUAGAGAGGAUUUAGCAACGCAUCUGCGCCAAUGGUCAAAGAAUCUAGAGCACAUAUCUAUACUAGAUAUCAUCGACGCCAGACACUUCCUUGGUAUCUUCCAUACCUACGUCACAGAUCAAGACCUUCAACAACUGAUACGAUGGCCUUAUCUGAAGACACUUACGCUAACCACAGACUUAUUCGAGACGCAAAAGCGGAGAACGAUACAGAACUUGCUCUGCUGGGCGGCGACAGCAGCACGAAAGAUGCCAGAACUUCGAACACUUGAGAUUAGAAGCAGCAGAGAUGCGCAAUGCUUCUUUCGGUACAAUAUAGUCAAAUCUGUCGCAGAGAUAACGUGGUCAGGGCCAGUUGUCGAUAGUACUGAGAUUAUGAAGGAGUGGGAAAAGACAUCUGCCUGGAGAAACAAUCAUGACAUAGUAAAUGACUUUUAA